GGUGAUACUAUUUGUAACCUAUUGUUCCAGAACAGAAGUCGUUGAGAUAAGCUACUCUACACCUCGGUGCUCUGUGUUAGUGCGGGUCUGAAGAACCUGAAAGGAACUUGUUGCUGCUUGUUGGGUCUGGAGGAGUUCACGCUACAAUGAAGCACAGUUUACUGUGGAUUCACUGUUUUAUUGUAUUACUGGGGGUUAAUGUUUCUUUACAAGAAUUGAAGAAAACCCCUGACACCAGGGUGAUCGUUGCUGAUGAGACUCUAGAAGGUAUGAAGGUCUACCCCUCUGCCCAAAAUAUUCUGACCAGCAGUGUCACCACAGCCUUCCUCCCUGUGAUCUACAUCAUCGUCUUCGUUGUGGGGUUACCCACCAACGCCAUGGCCGUCUGGGUGUUCCUCUUCAGAACAAAAAAGAAGCAUCCAGGAUCCAUCCUGCUGACCAACCUCGCACUGGCUGACCUGCUCUUCAUCAUCUGGCUCCCACUGAAGAUCCACUACCACUUCAACAACAACAACUGGAUCUUCGGGGAACCACUGUGUAAAGUUCUAGUGGGCUUUUUCUAUGGGAACAUGUACUGCUCCACUAUCUUCAUAGCGUGCAUCAGUAUGCAGCGCUACUGGGCAGUCGCACAUCCACUUUCCCAGCAGAAAAGGAAUAACCGUGCAGCAGUGUGUGUAUCUGUGUGUGUGUGGAUUGUGGUCUGGCUCCUCACCAUCCCGCUCUAUCUGUAUGACCAGACUGUUAAAGUCACCAAUCUGGGCAUUACCACCUGCCACGAUGUUGUUCGUCGCAGUCAGUCUCGUAUCCCUGUUGGAUAUUUCAUGACCAUGGGCAUUGUGGGAUUUUUAGUUCCCUGUGUGGUGUGUACGAUAGCUUAUGUGCUGACGUUUCGCACUCUCAAGAGUUCCAUGACGGAUCCCAGCAUCAACAAGAAGAAGAAAAAGGCCGUUAUCCUCAUCGUCACGGUGCUGGUGAUGUUCCUAGUGUGUUUCACUCCCAGUAACAUCAUGCUGAUGGUGCACUACUCUCUCCAGGUCGCCAAUGUUCAGAACGACGGCUACGGUUUCUACCUCGUCACGCUGUGCUUGUCCAGUCUGAACAGCUGUCUGGACCCGUUUGUGUAUUAUUUUAUCUCGGAUGAGUUCAGAGAGCACGUGAAGAACACGCUGAAGUGUCGUAGCGAACGAUCUGUCAAAAGAGAAAAGGUUUCCUUCAGUGCUCUGAAGUUCUCAAAGAAGAGCAGCACAUCUGACUCCUCCACCACUCAGAGCACCACCUACACCUCUGACUCCUCCCACUCUAAAAGCAGCAACUGCUAGGAACAAAAAUGUACACUUGCCUUUUAAUUAAUCUUAAACUUCUACACUUACUGGACUAAGUAGAUGCAUUUAAAGGAGUAUGAAGGAAGUACCCAGCUUAACACACAGAAGUCCCCUUAACGCUAGCCAUUGGAUCCACUGUGGUUACUGUAUGUUUGGGGAACUAUAACAUAAUGUUAUAGCAAUGUUCAACUUGCAUUAAAAAUGUUAGCACAGUUGACAGAAUGAUCAGGAAACUCUAUAAAAAAAACAAUCCUUCUCUGAUCGGGAGAUUGCUGGUUCGAAUCCCGUUUAAGUAGCUUGCCUUCGGCUGCCGGAGUCCUGAGAGAGCACAAUUGGCCUUGCUCUUUCUGGGUGGGUAGAUGGUGCUCUUUUCUCCACAUAACUCCAAAGGGUGAUGUCGCUCAGCACAAGGCAUCCCUCAGAACAGAGUCGCUGUGCUUUCCUUCCUGUGAUGCUACUGGGCAAUGCUGAAUCCGCAGCAGCUUGAAAAGAGGCGGUGGCUGACUUCACAUUUGUUGGAAGAGGCGUGUGUUAGUCUUCACCCUCCUGGUGUUAGGGCAUUACUAGUGAUAGGGGCAGUCCUAAUGAGUGGGUUGGGUAAUUGGCCUAUGAUAACUAUCUUGUUACUAUAGUUUGAUGUGUAGUUACAAUGUUUUAAGGACAUUUUCUUCAUUAUAAGCAUAACAAAAAUGACUAGAAAUUUGUUUUAGCAGCUAGCUAGCUAACUACCUUUCCUGUUUUACCUUAAAUUGUACAACAUAAGGCAGAGGUUACAGCAUUUAAGGUGGAAAGGAAAAAAUGAAUAAAAUAAAAGCUUGAACUACAACUGAUGAUGUAUUAGCUGCUGGAAGGGUUGUCCCAAUUCUAUACCUAAAAACAAGGGGUAAGGGUAUAAAUUAGAAAUGGAAUUAAGCAAUGUUGUCGUCAAAGCUAAAUGUGAUAAGUUUAAGAAACCCAACAGAUAUAACAUACUUUGUCUUGUUUAACACCUUUUUUACAUUCCUUAAUUGCAUAUGCGUUCCAUCAUAAUUUUUAUGUCUUUAUAUAUAAAGAUGUAGAGAAUAAUUAAAAUAUAUUAAAAAAAAAACAUUGAAUGAGAAGAGGUGCAUCUAAAUACUGUCCAGUUCUGUUUAAUCUGAUUAAUGUACACUAUCGAAAUAACUAGUAGCAACUAGAAGUUAACUAACUAACAAAUUAACAAACUAACUAACUAACUAACUUACCAACUGGUCACAUAAAAUGAAUGUUAGCAAUGAUAGCUAACUCAAAGUUUGAUUUAUCUCAUAGACGGUUAACAGUUUUGUCACUGAGCUGUGAAUGCGGUUAAACACACAUUGAUCCACAAACAUUAAACUCAAAAAGAGUUCUAAUUUCUCAGGAAUACAUGUUUUUGUGUGGGUUUGAGUUGACUUUACUUUAGUUGUUAUUUAGUUGAAUGUUGUUCUUAUUUAAGAAUUAUUUCUGAAAGCUGUUCAUUCCCUAUGACGUCUCUUUCUAUGACUCUUCACACCAUUUCUCUGCAUCAACGAAUGAGUAUUAUAAAUUAAUAUUAAUAUUUUUUUCUUGCACACACGUUUUGGUUGUCACUGCUUAUUGAGCAAAUCAGUGUCACUAGACUCCACUGUCUAAAAAAGAAUACAUUGUGGAAAGUAGCAUUUUACUCUCUGUUUAGAAAUGUUACUGUUGUUUGAAAAUGCACUUUUUCUGCUAAAGCACUAAUGAAGCACUGUUCACCCCUGCACACUACACAUAUUGAGCUCUUUUAGAAUUGUUUACUAAUACAUUUAUUAUCUGCACUGAAAUAAGAGUACAAAAUAACACACUUCAUUCACUUUAGGUACAGUAAAAUAAAAUAAAAUAAAAUAAAAAAGGUUACAGCUCACCUACAAAACCACCUCUCCUAAAUGGUUCUCUGUGUGAAUUCACAAUUUCAAUUAAUUAAAGUCAAUGUAAAAAGACUUAAACACAGGUCAUUUUGGAGAUUUUUUUACUGGUCCCCUGACCUUGAGCUUCUGACAGAAUAUAAAGAAAAACGGAUUCAAGUUUGUACAUGAAAGUGAGAAUAUAAUGAUUUUAAUUUACUUUUCUUCUCAUUUUUAUUUAAAUGUCAUUUAUUUUUUCAUUCUAAACAAUAAAUAUGAUUUUUCUA